UAUUUAAAAAAAAAUAAUUAUUGACUUCUUGAGCAGCCAGCAAUCCUAGCGACUUCUUGCUAGAUUCAAAACUACAGAUCUCGAUCCUUCGAAACGGAAAAAAACGGAGCCAUGCCCUCUUGCAUAAUUAUCCCCGAGAUGUUCUUGCCACUCCUCGCCACUUUCCUCCUCUAGCUCCUCUACUGCACUACUAAACGCCGAACCAACGUCGUCAAGAACUGGCCGAUCGUCGGCAUGCUUCCGACGAUCAUCACCAACAACAAUCGCCUCCUGGACCACUUGACGUCCGUCCUCCGAGAAUUCAACGACACCCUCAUGUUCAAAGGCCCAUGGUUCUGUGGGAUGGACUAUCUGCUAACCUGCAGCCCUGACAAUGCCAACCAUAUGUUCAAUCAUCACUUCUCCAACUACCCAAAGGGCAAACUGUUCAACGAGGUGUUCGAGCUUUUAGGCGACGGGAUCUUUAAUGUCGACGGAGACAAGUGGAUGGAUCAGAGAAGAAUGGCCCAGAUACAUAUGAAAACAUCAAGCUUCCGCUCGUCCAUAGAGGAGUGCACCAGAGACAAGGUGUCGAAGGUGCUGCUUCCCCUGCUGAAUAAGAUGGCGGGAUCUGGUAAGGUGGUCGACGUGAACGAGGUGCUCACGAGAUUCACAUUCGACACCACUUGUAAGCUGGUCAUGGGAGUGGAUCCCGGUUGUCUUGCUUCUGAAUUUCCAGGCAUUCCGUUCGCGAAAGCUGUGGACGAGAUCGAGCAGGCAUUGGUAGUCAGGUACAUAGUGCCGACGUUUUGGUGGAAGUUACAAAGGCGUUUUCGUUUGGGAAGAGAGAAGAAGGUAGCGGAGGACGAGGAGGUGAUUGAGAGUUUCAUCGCGCAAUGUAUCCGAGAGAAGAGAGCAAGUGUUAAAGAUAACAACCAACAAGUAUGCGGGGACUUGAUGACGCCGUACAUGGACCACGACGACAAGUUCCUGCGAGACACGCUGUUGAAUUUCCUAGUUGCAGGAAAGGAUACUAUAGGAGCCGCGCUUGUCUGGUUGUUCUGGCUACUCACCAACAACCCCGAUGUCGAGAAUAAGAUACUGGAAGAGCUUAGGAGGGGUCGACCCUCCUCUAAGGUCAGCGACGACGAAAUGAUUGUAUUCAACUCUGAGGAAAUCGAAGGGCUGGUCAUUUGCACGCAGCCUUGUGCGAAGCGUUUAGGCUUUACCCUCCUGUGGCAUUCAGCCAAAAGCAAGCGAAGAAGGAUGAUGUCUUACCGAGUGGACAUCAAGUUCGCGCAGGAUCAAAGGUUAUCUUCUCCAUGUAUUCGAUGGGGAGAAUGGAGACAAUAUGGGGAAAGGACUGCUUGGAGUUCAAGCCUGAGAGAUGGAUCACGGCGAAGGGGACACUGAAGCAGGAGCCUUCGUACAAGUUCAUCGCGUUCCACUCUGGACCGAGGACUUGUUUGGGGAAGAACAUGACCAUCACUCAGAUGAAAUUGAUCGCCACUGCGAUGAUAUACAACUUCAGCGUGCGGCUGGUCGAAGGCCAUGUCGUCGUGCCUAAGAUUUCGAUCGUUAUUAAGCCGGCGAAUGGGUUGUUAGUUAAGUUGAAGAAGAGAGUGUUGGAUUUAAUCUAAUAAAUUUAUUUGUGGGCACAUAUGAUUAAUCAAUGUGUAUUGCUAUCUUUCAGGAUAACCCACUAAAGUGAUUAAUUAAGUUGAGUUAAUUCGGUAUUUAAAUAAGUCAUGGGGUUAUAUGUGCAGAUACCAGGUUGUAAU